GUAGGCACAUCCGUGGAUUUGGGUUCCUUGGAUUCGGACUCCUUGGGAUUGGGCCCCUUGGGUUUGUGCUCCUUGGAUUUGGAUCCGGGCUCCUUGGAUUUGGAUCCGGGCUCCUUGGAUUCGGACUCCUUGGGACAACAAAUAGAAAAGAGUUAA